CGGUGACGUCGUUCACGUCAUAACAGUCCCACAGAAUUGCGCACUGUCACAACGAAAUUAAAAUAAAACACUGGUUAGUUUGUGUCUGGUGUGUUGUGUGUUCAAAUUGUGUUUGCCGUUUGUCGCAUUUGUGGGAUUUUUGUUGCGGUUCAUUAAGUUGCUCUUCGGUGGCGGAAUAAUGUGGGUCUACAGUGCCAUAAUAGUCGUGCUGGGAUGUGUUAGUUUAGGAAACGCAUAUUCAAAAUAUGGAAGGUCGUGUAAAGAUAUUGGAUGUUUAAGCAAUGAAGUCUGUGUUAUGGAAAACGACCCUUGUUCCUAUUAUAAAAGAGAUAAUGAGUGUGGAUCGUACCCGACUUGUAAAAAAGUCAGUUCCAACAGUCCAACCUGCGCCACUUUCGUAUGUCCACCGGGUACUGUUUGCCAGAUGUCCGGAAGCAACCCUAAAUGCGUAGACGACUCUGGAAAAAAGGGACGCGUGGGAUAUGACACCCAAGCAAUCGACAACCCAAUUCAGUCAAGCAACUCUAAUCCCAACUCGAAUCCUAGUGCACCACCAAGCGGUAGCAUCUACCCUAACGUUCCCAGAGGGGAGACCACGCCGAGACCUAAUGUCAGACCAGCUAUGAACAAUUACCAAGGACACCAAGGAUACCAAGGCGGUCAAAUCGGUUCCGGAUAUCCUGGCCAACCUUCUGGCAGCAGGUAUCCCUCCCAAGGCGGUUACCAACAACCUUACCCGCAGAACGGUUACCAACAACCUGGUUACCCGCAAGGCGGUUACCAAGGCGGAUAUCCUGGUUAUCAAGGUUACCCAGGAUACCAACAGCCGGGUGGUGGAUACCAACAACAAGGAUAUCCCCAAUACAAUAACAACCAAUACCACAACAGAUACGGACAACAGAGCUCUGGAUCCUCAUUCACCGAUCAAAUUGGAAACACCUUGAAAAAUAUUGGUACGAACCUCCUAAAAGAUGCGCUGGGCAAACUUGUAUCCGGCGCUGUGUCUAAGCACUAGUCUGAAAGCUGUGAAUUAUUUAUUAUAAUUAGUUUAGAUGUUUAUCAAAGAGCCAAUAAUUGAACGAAUAGUUUUAGUUUUAUGCAAUGUUUAUAUUGUAUCUUGCCUGUCAUUAGUUUAUCGUUAGCUUUAUAAAUAUGCAAUUAUGACAAAUUAUGUAUAUAAACUCAAAAUAUUAUUAACACAUGUAUUUUUGUUACAGGGCUAUUCUGUUGUCUUCUUAAUUAUCUUGUCUACAAGAUGUUUCAAGUUUAAUUUUGGACUUAAAACUAUCGAAUUGCACAUUUAACCCACAUUAUUUAUACUAUUGGUCAAAAAUACUUAAAAUGUAGAUGUGGUUUAUAAUUUCUCGUUAAGAGCAUUUAUGGUGAGUAUAGUGUUUUGCUUUUGGUGGUAGCUUCUUGUGUUCCGUUCUUUUAACAGAAUAGCCCAUUUUUCUAAUUUGCACAAUUGAUUUUAAAUUAAUUUGUUUCACCUAACAGGUUAUGGUCUGUUGAUGCACGUACACUAAAAAUACUCCAAGUACAAAUAUACUCAUUUCACAUUCUGUUUUUAGGUAAAUUUUCUAUAAUAUUCCAUAGUUUUAAGAUUAAAUGGUGUACCAAAACGUCAGUGUGCUUUUCUCGGUUUUAUAGUUGUUGACAAACAUUUUAUGUGUCUUUUGUAUGUACAUAUUUGUAUAUUCUUUAUAAAGUUAAUAAAAGUUUGUACCGUUUAUAA